AUGGCCUCCCGCAGCUUCUCCAAGGCGCUUCGUUCGCCAAUGGCCCGCCAAUUGGCGGCCAAGCCUGCUACUCAGCAGCGCACCUUCGUUGCUGCCCGCCAGCUCGUCCGCGCCUCUGCCCAGGUCAACAAGGCUUUCGUCGCUCCUGCUCAGCAGCAGGCUCGCGGUGUCAAGACCAUGGACUUCGCCGGCCACAAGGAGGACGUCUACGAGCGUGCCGACUGGCCCCAGGAGAAGCUUCUUGAGUACUUCAAGGACGACACCCUCGCCCUCAUCGGCUACGGCUCCCAGGGUCACGGCCAGGGUCUUAACCUCCGUGACAACGGCCUCAACGUCAUCGUCGGUGUCCGCAAGAACGGCCAGUCCUGGAAGGACGCCCAGCAGGACGGCUGGGUUCCCGGCAAGAACCUCUUCGAUGUCGAUGAGGCCAUCUCCCGCGGUACCAUCGUCAUGAACCUUCUCUCCGACGCCGCCCAGUCCGAGACCUGGCCCGCCAUCAAGCCCCAGCUCGUCAAGGGCAAGACCCUCUACUUCUCCCACGGCUUCUCCCCCGUCUUCAAGGACGUCACCCACGUCGACGUCCCCAAGGACAUUGACGUCAUCCUCGUCGCCCCCAAGGGCUCUGGCCGCACCGUCCGCUCCCUCUUCCGUGAGGGCCGUGGUAUCAACUCUUCCUUCGCCGUCUUCCAGGACGUCACUGGCAAGGCCAAGGAGAAGGCCCAGGCUCUCGGUGUCGCCAUCGGCUCCGGCUACCUCUACGAGACCACCUUCGAGAAGGAGGUCUACUCCGACCUGUACGGUGAGCGUGGCUGCCUCAUGGGAGGUAUCCACGGCAUGUUCCUCGCCCAGUACGAGGUUCUCCGUGAGCGCGGCCACUCCCCCUCCGAGGCUUUCAACGAGACCGUCGAGGAGGCCACCCAGUCCCUGUACCCCCUGAUCGGUGCCAACGGCAUGGACUGGAUGUACGAGGCCUGCUCCACCACCGCCCGCCGCGGUGCCAUCGACUGGUCCCCCAAGUUCAAGGACGCCCUCAAGCCCGUCUUCAACAGCCUGUACGACGCCGUCAAGGAUGGCUCCGAGACCAAGCGCUCCCUGGAGUACAACUCCCAGAAGGACUACCGCCAGAAGUUCGAGGCUGAGAUGGAGGAGAUCCGCAACCUUGAGAUCUGGAGAGCCGGCAGAGCCGUCCGCUCUCUGCGUCCCGAGAACCAGAAGUAA